AUGAGACAAAGAUUGGAAAGGUUUGUCAUUCUUCCUUUCUCCAUUGGUUGUAUCUCUGAAGCCAGUGUUGAUGUUGGUGUUCCACAUCCAAGAAGAUCAAAAUCAGACACUAACUCACCACAUGAUGCAAUAAAAGGACCUAAAGAUGAGGAGGAGGAUUCAGAGAUUUUGUCCGGUGAAAGUAUGAAGAAUUCUUUAAGAGUACUCUUUGAUGUUGUUCCAAAGCCUAACCUAUCCUUCAACAAGUUGUUCAAAGGUUUCAAGAAUUUUUCUCAAUUGUUUGUAGAGAAAGAGGAAUUAGAAGAAGUGGAAAUGGACAUGGAAAUAGGGUGCCCAACAGAUGUUCAACAUGUGACACACAUUGGUUGGGAUGGUGUGACAACCUCAUUUGCUGACCUUCUAUCCAUACCAGCCAAAACAUGA